AUUGGUUUAAAAUUAGAAUAUCUAGAUUUCAAAAUGGACGUCAGAUUUGUUGACUUGAGUCUGCAAGUUUAAAUUAUAUGAUUUUUCCCGAAUGAAGAUGGGGAAUAAUCCUUCACAGCUGGAGAAAGAAAUAGGUACAGAACAGUUACCAGCCAAUGAACAUUACUUUGGUCUGGUCAAUUUUGGUAACACAUGUUAUGGUAACUCUGUGCUGCAAGCUUUGUAUUUUUGUCGACCAUUCCGAGAGAAAGUUUUACAGUUUAAACAACACCAGAAGAAUAAUAAGAAAGAGACAUUAUUGACUUGUCUGGCUGAUCUUUUCUAUAGUAUCGCUACACAGAAGAAAAAAGUGGGAACCAUUGCACCAAAAAAAUUUAUCACAAGACUGAGAAAAGAGUAUGAAUUAUUUGAUAAUUAUAUGCAGCAGGAUGCACAUGAAUUCUUGAAUUACUUGUUAAACAGAGUAUCAGAGCUGUUACAAGCAGAGAAACAAGGCAACAAACCAAAGUCUGUGAAUAACCCAGAGAUUCAGAGUAAACCAGAACCUACCUGGGUGGAGGAAUUAUUCCAGGGGACCUUUACAAACGAGACAAGGUGUCUUAAUUGUGAAACAGUUAGCAGCAAAGAUGAAGACUUUUUAGAUCUUUCUGUAGAUGUAGAACAAAAUACCUCAAUCACACAUUGUCUUAGAGGAUUCAGUAGUACUGAGACACUGUGUGCAGAACAGAAGUAUUACUGUGAAGUAUGCUGUAGUAAACAGGAAGCACAGAAAAGAAUGAGAGUAAAAAAACUGCCACAGAUAUUAGCCUUACAUUUAAAACGCUUUAAAUACAUGGAACAGAUGAACAGAUUUACAAAACUUUCAUACAGAGUUGUCUUUCCAUUAGAAUUACGAUUAUUUAAUACAUCAGAUGAUGCUUUUAACCCUGAUAGAAUGUAUGACCUUGUUGCCGUGGUGAUACACAUAGGUAGCAGUUUAAACAGAGGUCAUUAUAUCAGUAUUGUUAAAAGUGAUGGAUUCUGGUUAUUGUUUGACGAUGAUAUUGUUGAUAAAAUUGACCCCUCUACAAUAGAAGACUUUUAUGGACUGCCAUCAGAUCUACAGAAAAAUUCAGAGACAGGAUAUAUUUUGUUUUAUCAAUCAAGAGAAUGAAUAAAUUAAUACAUUCUUGUACAGAUUUCUGAUAACUUUUUAUGAAUGAAAGGAUCUGGGAUUGAAAGACAGCUGUGUCUCUUAUGUUGCAAUUAGAAAUAACUUAUUUGGAUGAAAAUAAUGCUUUUUCAUCACAAUGGAAAAUGUGACAGUAUUUCAGUUAGUAAGAGUAUUCGGGAUUUAUUUCUUGCAAUGAUUUUAAAAUUGCAAUAAAUAAUCUAUAAAACAACUAUUAUUUAUUUAUUAACUCUCAUUGUCUGAUAGAUAUAACAUGAAACACACUCUAUUUUCUUUUUCUCUGAUAUUUCCACUUUCUAUUUAUGUGAUGUUAAUACAAAUAUAAAAUCGUAUGGAAUUGAAAUUUGUAAAAUAGAAAAAAAAAGUUAUCCUUUAAAAAUAGAGUUAAAUCAUGAUAUAAUCUGGACCCAAUUGUGUUGUUACCCCACUGUGAUGUCAUUACUGAUAUUGGACCAAAAAAACAUAUUACAUUUUGUUUUCUGCAUGUAUUAAAGUGAAAUAUAAAUGUUUGACUGACAUCAGCAUGGUCUUGUGUUUUAAAUAAUGUUUUCAGUGUUGUUGUUUCUCAUAUUCAAAUAUCAAAAAUAUUUAAAACAUAUGACCUUGAAAUAUGACAAGGAUGGCCGUUACUAUUUACAUGUAGGAAGUUUAGAGUAAUGAGCCAUGAAAAAAUAUGAGAGAUUUAUGAUUGUUAUUCCAGCAUAUGCUGUAUACAAAAACAUCUUAAAAAUUAAAAAUGCAGAGUUUAUAGUUUUUCUAAUGCUAUUGGAUCUGAAAUUCCACACUAAUAAAAACAUCUUGUAAAAUCUUAAUUUACAGUGGUUUAUAUCCAAGAGACUGCGGAUCCAUUAUGUCUUGUAUAUUUCUGAAGGUAUUAUUUUAAAGAUUGCAAUUCUUUGUGAGACUCCAAAUCAUAUGGCUAAAUCAUGCCUCUUCUUUUAUUGAAAAAAAUUAAAUCAUGAUAUUUGAAUGUGCAAUUUUAGAUUUUAUGCAAAACAUUUUAGUCUUGCAAUUCUUAAAAAUUUGCUAGAACUAUUUAGAUAUAGGAGAGAUACAUUUCAUUCUUUAUAUAGAAUUUUAUUUAUACUGCAUUCCAAUAAGAAUUUCUGAUUGGACCACCAGUAAAACAGUUGAAAUAUAUUUAGAUUAAUAAUUGUAUGGGUGGCUGGAAGAGUUGGAUGUACCUAAUAUUAAUAAUAAGUUAAAGCAGUAGUGAGAUUCUAAACACCUCCUCCUACCAUAAUGCAUAACAUUUUAAAUUUUAUUUCUUUGGGUGGGGAUCUUCGGGAAAAAUGUCUUAAUCCAUCACCUAUCCAUCUGUCCAUUUAAUUCUCAAAAAAGCCAUAACCCUAAACCAGAAUCUGUAUAUUCUUAAGUCUUUCAUUUCUUAAGAUAUUUUGUUAAGAACUUUAUUUAUUUUUAUUGUACAUAAUUAACAUAAAACCAGAAUUACUUAGAUAGACAUAAACAGACUAUUUUUACUUAUGAACACUGAAAAUAAUAUAUUACCAAUGCAUUUUGAAGAUCUGAAUAAUGCAGGAGUUAUUUCCCUUUAACCAGUCAUUUAUAUAUUUUGCAAUGCCUGUGGGUUUUCUUUCUUAUACAUUGUCAUCAUAAUUUUUUUUAUUAAAUAUGUGUUUAAAUUGUUACUGCAAUAUUCAUGAUGGUAUAUUUGUCUUUUCUAAUUGUAUAUUUUUUUUUUAAAGUUUCCUGGUUAAUGUAGGAUCAGCAUAUUUUCAGCCAUCCUUUUGUCUGGUAAUACAACUCUUUAUUAUUCAGAACUACCAUACCUGCCAACCUCUGAAACCUUUAAAGAUAGAGAUCUCCCCUCAGCUUUGACAGCCCAGGGAACGACUAAAUAGGAGGUUUGGCAGGUAUAAACUACCUUCACUUAAAACUGAAUAUUAAGCUUAGUGCCUUCAAUUUCUUAUUUAAAAAAAAAUAUGUUGAAGAAAGAAUCAUAUGGUGGUGCUAUGGCCCUAAGAAAAUACCCAAUUUGGAUGAUUUUCCCAUUUUUCAUCAAUUUACCUAUUUUUGGGCUAUUAUCAUGAAAAAAAAUCUCAGUUCCUCAAUUAAACUUUUGUUCAUACUUUCAAUAAAGGUGAAGUGGACCAAUCUGAAUAGAUUGAACUUUAAAAAAAAAUGUAGGUAGGGGGUUUAUAUAAAACAGUUUGACAUAUUUUGAUGCCUUUUUGUGUAAAAUUUACCAUGCUGUCAAUUUUGUAAAUUUGUGAUUUAUCUGAGUGCAUUUUAUUUCAACUUUUUUGUUUUAAUGAUUGAAAACAUACAUAUCUUAAGAAAUUUGAAAAGACAAAAAUGAUAUGGGAUGUACAUGAUUCUUGUAAAAUCAUUAUUUGUACCCCUCACACAUUUGCUAAAAAAAAUUCUAAAAAGACUGACUUGAUUGGUUGUGAAAUUUGAAAACUGGAUAACCUAAAAACUGUUUAUUGUAAAUACACAAUUUUUUCACAGAGUUAUGUUUGAUUAUAAUGUUUUUAAAAUUCAUUGAUAUUUUUCACUUGUAUCACAUGUUUCUGAAAUAAUUCCAGAACGAGAUUUCAACGAGACUGAAACGUCAGAAGACUACAUCCUUAAAGGAGUCACUCAAAAUAUUGUAUAUGAAAUGAAUUUCAUAUGAAAAUAUCUUUUGAGAAUUAUUUUUUCUUCUAUAUAUUUAUAGCUGUUAAGGAGAAUAAUCACAUUUUAGAUUGAAAUACAUUAAAUUUCUAUUCAAUAGACUUUACAAUUGUAAUUUAAUGGUUUUCUGACGAGCCUUCAGCAUUUACUGAGAUAGAAAAGACUGACAGGCUCUGAGUCCUGUUAGAUUAACAUUGCUUCCUGUGUGUAACAACUUCUUUUUUCAAUAAGAAAAAUAUAUAUAAGCUUGAUGACUUAUACAAAGAAUGGAAAUAUGACCAUGCUUAACAUUUGUCACUGAACAUAAAACCAGCAAUAUUCAAUCUCUCUUACACUAUUAAAUGUUAGACAAGCCAAUAACUGAAAUCAUGUAAUUUUGAUUUUUUGGCAUAGCAGCUUUUUAACAUACCUCAUUUUCUCAAGCCACACGCUUGAUAAGGAAUGCUAUUAAUUUUAAAAACAAUGUUACUUGAAGUUUAUAUAUUUCUAUGUUAAAUGUUUUGGCAUUUUUAACAAUGCAUUACAUAAUCAGCAUUAAAAUGCAUUACAUCUUAUAAUGUAAACUCUUUUUGUUUCCAAUUUUGACAUCAUCUUAUCAUUGUGAAAUAUUUUAAUGUACCUUUUUUUAAAUUCAACUACAUAUUUCUUUCCUUUGGAAUAUGCCUACAUGAGCAGACUUGUAACAUAUGUUAGUAUUUUACAAUCGUUUGAAAACAUAGUACAAAUGUAUAAAGAAUAUGCUUAUUUUUGGUAAAAAAAAACACCAUAUUUUAUACUCUUAUUUUUUUUUAACUAAUUUUUAAACUAAUGCAUAAAAAAGACAAUAGGAAUUGCCAAAAAUUGAAGGAAAACAGACCACACCACCCAUGAAACAGACAGCUCUAUAGAUAUACAAACAAUACCAACACUUAUGAACUACACAUUAAGCUUCAGAAAUAUGUCCUGAAGACACUUUUUUAGUUGGACCUAACUGCAAAGUAUUUGAUGAGGAUGUUAAAUAUUUACAAAUAAACUAAAAUUGUAUAAACUACCUAUUGAGCUAUUAAAAAAUAGAAAUCAUGGUAUAUAAUAUUAUUCUCAUAAUGUCCAGAUGUUAUGGUUUGAGAAACAGAAAUGAUAUGAUGAAAAGAAUUUAUAUUCAACUUUUCACAAGUUUGAAAAUUUCUUAAAUUUAUAUACUUUUCCGAGCACAAUAUGAACGUAUAUUGCCCUAUAUAUAAACAUGAAACUGUCAAUUUUCAGAUGUAACAUUAGAAUGUUGGGUACCAUUUGAAAAUAUAAAUGAAGUGGUUUGUCAUAUCUGUUGUUUUGUUAUUUGUUUACAUUUGUGUAAAUAUGAAGUCAUAAUUUUUAAGAAUAAAAUAAAUUUCAGUACAAAGAAA